AUGAAAAAAAUUAAACUUAUGUAUCAUGUAUUUAUAAUUCAGGUGUGUAUGUUAAAAUUUUGUUCAGGCAGACAGUUACACACACCAGCCCAGAAUACGAGUAAGAAUUCUAGUAAAUUGGACCCUCACAACGGUUCCAAAUUAGAAAAUAUAUAUUCAAACUUAAUAGAAACCAAGAAAUUUAUUGGAAAAUCAAGUUUGUGUAAAGUUAAACAGGAUGUCGACACUGAGCACAACACCGACGAAGAUACUAAAUUGAGCAACUGUAGCAAAUGUAAUCGCAAAGAAGAAAUGAGCAAGAUGCCAGACAUGUAUACUAAUUCAGCUAAUAGCUCUGAUAAUGCUCCUAAGGGCACUUCAACUUAUAGUUACCCUGACGAUACUAAAGACAACAGCGACUCUUCCAAAGUUAGGUUUGGCGCCGAUAAGGCCAUCGCCAGCAGGCUCAAUGCCAAGAGAAACAUACUUAUGCGACUAAAUACCAUGGCCAGCAACAGCUCCACUGACCCUUAUGAUCCUAAUGCUGGGUACGGUAACCAAUCUCCGGGUUAUGGAGGCUCUGGUGGAUACGCAACCGAUCCCAAUGCAGGUGGCGGCAUGGGGGCUCCUAUGGCCGGGUCUGCUCCUGCUAUGCCUGGGGACCCUUCUGCCGCGGGAAUGGGCGGCGGUAUGGAUGCUAGCAUGGGGGGAGGAAUGAACAACGGCAUGGCACCGCAAGCGGGCGGCUAUGUGCCUGAAAGCUAUCCAGGCCCAGGAUCAGUUCCAGGGUCCGCCUAUCCAAAUCCCGGCUUCGACCCCAACCAGUCUGGAUACGGGAACAACAACCAGUACGGUUACAGCAACGACUGGUAUAAUGGCCCCGAUUCCGGCUACGGCAACGGCAGUUAUCCUACAAACCCGGUCAGUACCACGCCCUAUUCCGACGAAGACGAUAUUCACGAAAGUUUCAAGUGCAAGUACCUUGCCUUUUUCUUCCCCGAAUGCACUGACAAGAAGCCUAGAAACAGGCCAAUGCCCGCACCAAAUCCAAUGCCCCCUGUUUCUCAGCAGUAUUGCAACAUUUACGGCACAACUGACCUGAACCUAAGCGACUUUUUGUGCAAUGCAAAUGAUUGGCUCGUGGUCAAUCAGAACAAUUCAGUGAGGCUCACGAGCAAUAAGCCCGUUUCAACCAUGCAGAACAUUGAGCUAAAGGGCAAUUACUGCAACAAGGAGUCGCUGUCAUGCACUCUUCAACUUGGGGAGAACUCCACAGCUGGACUAUCAGUCAGAGGUAUGAAUGGUGAAAGGACCCUGAUAGAAUUGAACUCGCUGACCAAGACCGUAUCACUAAAGCAGAUUAACAAUCAAACAACGCAGAUAUUGCUGGAGACUCCUUACAGUAAAAUGAACAGCAACUUCCUGCACCUGGUUCAAGUGAACGAUGGUGGAUUCCAAGGGACGUUAUCUGUUUUUGUCGACGGCAAUCACGUAUUUUCUAAACGUGAUAUACCAACUCAAACCACCGGACUAAUGGGUACCUACUUCUACUUAUUGCUAGAAUAA